AUGGCACGAUUUUACAUUCUUGCCUCUAUGGCGAAUGUUUUGCAACAUCAACAUCAGUCUAUGGGGUCUGCUUAUGACAUGCUCGAAAGUCUCAAAGAGAUGUUCGGUGAUCAAAAUCGUGCGGCUAAGCAGAUAGCGAUGAAAGCCCUUUUAAAUAGCAAGAUGGCCGAAGGAUCAUCGGACUGUGUUGACAGUUUUCAACAAUUUUGCUUGAACUAUAAUAUGAACAAAAUGAAUUUGUCACUAACGAAAUUGUUGAAUAAGCUGCAAGCGGCAGAAUCUAUUAUCAAACAGCAAGCUCCGGUUGUGGUACUGAAUAUUGAGAAAGCUUCAGUUUCAAAGCUAAGAGGCGCUAAGAAAAAGAAAAAGGCUCACAAGGUUUUGGCGCCUGGAGGUACAGUUGGUGGUGUGAAAAAGCCCAAAGGAAAGUGCUAUCAUUGCAAACAACCUGGGCAUCAGAAAAAGCAAUGUCCUGCCUAUCUGGAAAAGUUGAAUUAG